AGUAAAUAAACGUAAAACGAUGCGAAUAUGCAUGGUUUCCGAUUUUUUCUAUCCCAGUAUAGGUGGUGUAGAAGAACAUAUUUUUAAUUUAGCGCAAAUGCUCCUAAAACGAAGCCAUAAAGUUAUCAUAUUAACUCAUUGCUAUAAUGAUUGCAAAGGCGUUCGUUACCUUACCAAUGGUCUUAAAGUGUAUUAUCUACCGAUCAAAGUCUUUUAUAAUCAAUCUGUGCUGCCAACUAUAAUAUGUAAUGUGCCAUUAAUUAGGAGUGUUUUGCUACGAGAACAAAUUGAAAUUGUGCAUGCCCAUUCAGCCUUUAGUUCCCUAGCACAUGAAUCUAUUUUAAUAGGUUCCCUGCUGGGUUUGAAGACUGUGUUUACUGAUCACAGUUUAUUUGGUUUUGCUGAUUUAUCAGCCGUAUUCACCAAUAAAAUGCUGGAGCUAGAUUUGGGUGCAGUAAGCCAUUGUAUUUGCGUAUCACAUGUAGGUAAGGAGAAUACAGUGCUAAGAGCAAGAGUACCUAAGGAAAAAGUAUCUGUGAUUCCCAACGCCGUUGACACUGCCUUUUUCAUUCCAGAUCCUAGUCAAAGGCCAAAUGAUGGUUUAAUAAACAUUGUUUUGGCUUCACGUUUGGUCUAUCGAAAGGGUAUAGAUUUGUCGGCUAGUAUUAUACCACGUUUUAAACAAAUGCCACACGUUAAAUUCAUUAUAGUAGGCGAUGGACCGAAACGGGUUCUGUUGGAAGAAAUACGUGAAAAAGCCAACAUGCAGGACCGCGUUGAAAUAGUUGGAGCAGUUGAACAUGCCAGGGUACGUGAUUAUCUAGUGAAAGGUCAUAUAUUUGUUAAUACUUCCCUAACUGAAGCAUAUUGCAUGGCAAUAGUGGAAGCUGCUGCCUGCGGUCUACAAGUUGUUUCAACACGCGUGGGCGGUAUACCUGAAGUCUUACCUGAAGAUCUUAUCAUACUUACUGAGCCGGAGGUCGAAUCAAUUUAUGAAGGUUUAUUAAAAGCUUUAAGGCGACUAAAUAAUUGCAAAUAUAAACGUUCUACAAAUGAACUUAAUCGUACAUCUGCGCCUAAUGGCGGCGGCGAUGAGGUGAGAUUUCCCAAGACCAAACAUAAGUCGUCUCGUAAACGUUUGAAUCAGCGACUAUCCAGAAGAUCUAAUGCAUUAAGUAAUUUUACCGUAACAAAAAAUGCUCGAAAUGAAUUUACGAGCAGUGACAGUGAAAGUAUCCUGUGCCCAUAUAAAUGCAACGAACGCGUAGCUUCUCUUUACAAUUGGGAGAAUAUUACUGAACGUACGGAGAAGGUUUACAAUCGUAUUAUGCUUGAACCGCCUUCUAGUCUCGGUGGUAUUUUAUACUCUUAUUUGCAUGGUGAUGUAUGGCCUAUACUUUUGGCCAUUUCAAUGGUACAUUUGUUUUUACGAUUUUUAGAAUAUAUACGUCCUGGCCGAUUUAUGGAAAAAGCACGAGAAUGGCCACGCAGAGAUUAGAUUAGGUGCUUCAGCGGAAACUAAUUGUGAUCAUUUUUUUUCUAUUUAGGCUUUCAGUAAAGUAU